AUGGAUUUGUCACAUAAUUUGGUUUUAUUCAAUAAUCACUUUCAUGACUGACAUUGAACCAAAUCACAGCAAAACAAAGAAAAAAGAAAACUAAUCCGGAAAAGUCAGCCCUAAUAAAACCAAAUCAAAUUCUCACUUAUGAUCCCCAACCAAGAACUUGUUUUACAGUCUUGCGCAAUUCAUACUUCCUAAUUCCUACAUACACACUAUAUUCGUGGCAAAGAUUAUUAGCAGCACUUCAUAAUCUCCUAUUAGAAAAAAGGGAAAUCAGGAAAGAAAUUGCAGAAAUGUCAAUGGGAGGAGGAGAACCAGAUAGAGUUCAAUCGACAGUGCAUAAUCUUGGAUCAAGCUUCGUAGAAGAAGAUAGUACGCCGUUGUACAACCAAAUGAUUCUACCGGUUUCCUCUCAACCUAACUCUUACCAGCUCUCUGCCGGAUACGGUGGUGAAGAGGCGCCUCCUACGGCUUCAGCUCAGCCCAGUCUCAACCCUAGCGUAACAGAAACGGUCAAGAAAAAGAGAGGAAGGCCUCGAAAGUACGCUCCCGAUGGGAGUAGAAACCCUUGGAUGAUGUCUCCUGUAAGAUCUUUGUCCCCAGCAGGGACACGCGCAGCGGAGACGGAAACAUCUCCCAAGAAAAGGGGCAGGCCUUCUGGGCGUGGACGGAAGCGGAAAAUGGAUGAAAUUUCCGCUUCGGCUGCUGUUCCUGUAGGAUCACCAGGAGCUGGGUAUGGAUUUAAACCACAUGUCAUCACAAUAAAUGCUGGAGAGGAUGUACAGGCAAAAUUGAUGUCGUUUUCUCAAAGCACAUCCCAAGCAAUCUGUAUUAUGUCUGCAAAUGGUGCCAUAUCUAAUGUCUCUCUUCGUCAACCAGCAAUAUCUGGCGGGUCUGUAACGUAUGAGGGACGGUUUGAAAUUCUGUCACUUUCUGGAUCCUUUAUAUUCUCUGAAGUUGGUGGUCAGCGCAGCAGAACGGGUGGGUUGAGUGUUUCUCUAGCUGGGCCAGAUGGUAGUGUAUUAGGUGGCAGUGUUGCUGGUCUUCUGAUUGCAGCUGCUCCUGUUCAGGUUAUUGUUGGAAGUUUCCGUGUUGACGUUGAGAAGCUACAGAAGCCAGGCCGUAGUGAGAGGUUGUCUGCCUCUCCUCCUCCUCCUCCUCCACUAGGCAGGCCUCCGGCCGAGGGUCCCAGAAGUCCACCUUCAUUUGGAAGCCUAAGCGAAUCCAGCGGCCCACCCAGCCCUCCCGCUCCUACGGGUCAUAACCAACAUCUCCUUGAAACAUCAACUAACCCUCCCGCCCCUACGGGUCAUAACCAACACCUCCUUGAAACAUCAACUAGGAGUCCGCCUGGAGUCUCAAGCUUUCCGUGGAGGUAGUAGGUUGAGCUUUCAAAGUAUAAUCCAGGCCUGUUUACAAUGUUAACUCUUGUAACUUCUCGGUUCUAGGAACUCUACCCCCACCCCUACCCCUACCCCCACUCUACCACAUCUUGAAUGCUUCCAUAAGAAGAAACUUUUAGCAAUUUAUUAGUGUAGCGAGCAUGUAAUGGGACGGCCACUGACUUCGGAAUCUUCUUUUUUAGAUAGGUAAGUGACACAUUACUGGGUGAGUUCUUUCUAAUGUGAUUUGCGAUUUCAAAGUAAAAUUGAGUUCAGUUUUUCUUCUUCUAUUGUCUAACCAUGGAUUGCAACGGAGCCAAAGAUUCGUUAUUUUUUGACUUGAGAUUAUGAUGGAAUAAAGCAAAAUGGUUCACUAAA